AUGGCGACGACGACGACGUCUCGCGUGGACGCGCGAUCGAUGAAGCUCGGGAUGACGUGCGGGCGUCGAUCGACGCGCGCGGUCGCGCGGGCGUCGAUGAAACCAACGACCGAGAAUGGGGUCAUCGAACGCAUCGGCGACGCCGCGCGCGCGAGCGCGUGCGGGGCGGCGCUCGCGGUGACGCUCGCGUUCGGUGGCGUCGACGUCGCGCGAGCGGGUGAACUUGAGAUUCUGCAAACGCCGGCGCCGACGAACGGGUACAUCGUGGACGACGCGGCGAUCAUGUCGAAGAGCUCGCAGCAGAGCGUGGGGAAGACGCUCGCCGAGCUGGAACGAAGAACCGGGUAUCACGUGAACGUGAUCACGGUGCGAAAACUCGUGUUCGAGACGGAUCCGUUCGCGUUCGGGGAUAAGGUUCUCGAGACGUGGUACCCGACGGUGGAGAUUGGAAACGACAAGGGGAACUUGCUGUUGGUGAAGUCGACGAAGGACGGCGCCGUCGUGGGCGGGCCGAAGUUCUUAAAGGCGGUCGGGGAUGACCUCAUCGACAGCGUUUUGACGAGCAACUACGGGAUCAACCUCGAGCAGGAGAAGUACAACGAAGCGCUGGUGUCGUCGGUCAAGCGCAUCGCGGCGGUGCUCGAGGGCGAGGCGGACCCGGGUCCGCCGCAAAAGUAUGAGGGUCCAAAGGGUAGCACCUUCAAGUCGCGCGAAGAGACGAACGAAAAGCGUGACGUGUUCGCGAACGUCGUCAUCGGCCUGCUUGUUAUUUCGUUCGUCGUUCCCAUGCUGCAAUACGCCGGCUAUGUCGUCGGUGAUCCGGACUUUGACGAAUAA